AUGACACAUGUGCGCGAACCCGUGGGAACGUUCUGGGCGAGCGACUCGCCCAGAAAUGUACAGCCACAACUGUGGGAACAUUCUGGGCAAGCAGCUCGCCCAGAACUUUCCCACGGGUCACACCUGUUAUGGAAAGUCGGCAGCAAGCGGGAACUCUCAUUCCCUGUGAAGGCAAGUGUACUUACCCGCUUUUCAAUGAAUACCAGCUCAUUCCCUGUGAAGGCUGAGGCUAGUCCCCUCAGCGACUUCGAGGAGUUAGCAGCUGGGGAGAGUACCCCAGCUUCCACACCCGGCCUCGCCCUCUGGCCACUCCCAGCUGGGGUCCGGAUCCUGACAAGAUUGAGGCAUGACUCGGACCCAGUCAGUUCUGACAAGAUAAACAAGCAUAAACAGAAUGGCUGGGUACGAGCCUGA